AUGACCUCUUCAUCCUCAUCAUCAUCGGGUAAUCACAGUGCUCCAUCAGUACCACUGAAACAUCAAGAAAAAUCAAACUCUCCAAAAACUCCAUCUACUUGCAUUCGGAAUACAUGUAUCUUCUUCCUUCUUCUUCUCUUGACCUUCUAUUUACUAUUAGGUCAUUUCAUGUAUCAUGCCAUGUUUUCUCUCUCUGACAAGUUCUACACAGAAGGUUACUUGAAAUCAAGAGAAAACUCAAUUUUUGGUGUUCAGACUUAUAUAAAUUGCAGCGAUUGGAGAAAUGCAACUAUGAGCCACAAAUUCUUGAAAGGACUCACCGAAAAGAUGAUUACCAUGAAGAAUUCCAUUGAAAUAUCCAAUGUGUCUUUUACGAGUAGAGAAACUGAGGAUGUUCCGUAUCGAGUGAACCUUAAUGGAAGAUUGUACCGAAUCAAAUCGUCUUCAUCAUCUUCAUCCUCUACAGAGGUAACUUCAGCAACAACCACUAAAAAGGUCAUCAUUUUCGUUCAUGGAUUUCGCAUGAGACAGAAUCAUUAUACCAUUACCAUUCCACUUCAAAUGAUGUUGAAUGCCUUCCCGAAUGGAGAAUAUGAUUUUUUCACCUUUGAAUUGAGAAAUCAUGGCCAAUCCGAAAAGGAAUAUCCAAGUGUCCUUCUUUCAGACAAGUCCUACAGCACGUAUGGAAGUUUAGAAUAUGCAGACUUGUUAGGAGCCAUUGAUCAUGUAAAAUCUCAAUAUGGAUACGAACAUGUUGGAUUGUAUGGAUUAUCGAAAGGAGGAGCAACCAUCAUGACUGCCUAUUUGAAAUCAACACCUCACAACAAGGACUCCAUUCGAGCCAUGUUCUUGGAUAGUCCAGCCUGUGAUAUCGAAUUUACAUUGCAAUCGAAUUUGUAUCGAGUGUUGGGUUAUAUUGUGGGUCAUGACGAUCGAUUGGAAUUGGAUUCAAUGCGAAUGAAAAUUGCUCGAUAUGUAUUGUGGCCUGCCAUUCAAUUAUUUGGCUCUGUGGUGGCAAAACCAAAUCAUCCUCACCACAGUUAUCCUCCAUUCUUGAAUGAUGCAUUUCGAUUGUGGAAUAAGCGAGUGGAGCUCGAGAGUAGUCGUAGUGGCAACGAUGAAAGUGGAACUCAAGUAUUGGUGCAUAAGGUCGCCAUUCAUUUUGAUCAUCCAAAAAGUGAUAUUCUUGUGCCCAUGCAAAAUUCAGAGAGAUGCAGCGCUUUGGCUUCCAAGCUUGAUCAUUUGAAAGUUUCGACCUAUUAUGGAGAUGUCAACAGUAAGGAACUAAAGCACACAUUUUCAGACUGUAAGGAUCAUUGUAUCUUAAUGUUGUCUGAGCCAGAAAAGUAUUAUCAAAGAAUGACCACCUUCUUUAAGGAGAAUUUAUAA